GUAAAUUGUAGCAGCGAUAGAUAUCGAGUUUCUCUACUUUUCUUUUGUCUAAAUUUCCCAAUAAGUGUAUAAUGGAAAGGAAAUGAACCUCCCACUCCCAGAGUCACAGAGAAAGAAGAAAUAGAAGUCGUCAGAAAAAAAAAACCCUAGAAAAACUUUCAAUUCAACCCCGAUCCAUCACAUGUGAUGGCGAGCAGUUGGAGAAGAUCGCUGGGGAAUGUGAGGUCUUUCAUAGGCAAUUCCAUGGGAGGUCUCAGGGGAGGUAGCAACUUGGCCUCGUGGGCCGUGGCUGGAACACUAGCUUACUUCCUUUGGGUGAAGCCCUCUCAAGAUCUCAAGAGAGAGCAACAGGAAAGAGCAGCAGCUCUGGCAGUAGCUGAUCCUUACCGUUACGUCGAGAAGCGAAAACCCAUUCCUGAUCCUCAGGAAACUGGAUUGAUUUACGGGAACAAGAACCGGAGUAAUAAAUCCGCGGAAUAAAAAUCAGCUGGAAGUUACAAACAUCUGUAAUUUAGCCUUGGUAAGUGGCAUAUCACAUACCUUGACUUAGGAAUCUACAUGCGAAGUCUCAUCCAUACAUAGUUGUAAGCUUCUAUAAACAACAGAGUAUUCAGUAAUGGAUUUCUUGUGUUUUUGUUUUUUUUACUUGUCAUCCUUGUGGAAAAAGCAUCCAUACCACAUCUACGUUUGUAUUAAAUAAUGAUUUUCCCCCUCUUUCGAAUAAACAUAAACAUUUGUUAACUGGCAAUUGUAGAUCAAUAUGACUGAUUUAUGGAACAUGUCUGGACUACUACUAAACACUGUUGUCUCUUACAAAUCUCUCCGUUGCUAAAGUGGUCAUGAUGGAAAAAGAAAAAAGUGCCAGAAAUUUAUCUUCAUGUCAGGCCUUUGCCUUACCCUCUUGUCAACACGAAACCUUUGCAGUCGGCUGAAUAUGCUCUUCCUUACUGUAUACUUUGUGCACUAUGCACUUCUAAUCGUACAUGGUGCAUCAAUAAGGGCACUGAUGGAUUUCUUGUGCUUUUCUCCAAGGCAUAAAUGCAAAUGUGUCACUUGUGUCACUAUAAGAACAUAAAUAAUACUCGGAAAUUGCUUUCAAGUUUCAGCAUUUAUUAAACCUUUGGCAACUUCGUAGAAUAGUUAGUUAGUGGAGACUGACAACAAGGGCGGCUAUGCCAAUCUGGUUUUAAGCUAAGCUAUCAGAAUAAUCACCAGUUUCUGCACAAGGAUGACUGAUUAGAAGAACAGAUUAUGCUUCUCUUGGAUUCCAAUCCAGCUGCUAUAUCAUUGGUUUUCCUUCUUUAAUAUUAGAAAUGUCUGUUAAUACGAUGAGGGAUGUUUUAGUACAAGUAGGAUAAAUCCUGACCAACAAGGUUACUCAACCAAUGUGCAGGAAUUUGUGCUUCUUUGCAUAGGCAUGUGUAUGUAUGAUGUUGCUUCUUCCUAUAAACAUGUGUGUGCUGUGAUGUGCUUUUGUUCUCUUCUUAAUGAUUAAAAAUGGUAUGUUUGCCUUUAAAAUUUUCACUACACUUCAUAAUUUUGGUGUGCAAUUUUUGUUGUUGCAGUGGAGGGUAAAAGAUUUUUUUUUUAAAAACCACUUUCAUAAUAUCUGAAGAAAUUUAUUAGUCAACAUUGCUUGUCAUCAAAAUUGCAAAAUUAUAGGUUGGGAAGUUCUUCUAACCCUCUUGGUUCAGAUUGUGCAUUGAGUCAAGUUCAUGUAUUCAUGAAGUUGAAAUGCUCAAGCAAGAGAUCAACUGUUUUCAUGCUAUGUCCUAUAACAUAAUGCCACUAGGGGCUCUAUACGUGUGAAAUCAAGUGAAACUUCUUGGCUUUGAAGGUUCUUACUUGGAAAGCAGCUUCCAUGAUAUGAUUGUCUUUUCUAAUUCACCAGGUAUUCCUGGUGAACAAUCCUCUUGUAUGAAAAGCCUGAAUUCUAGAUGCAUCACUACCAUUAAGGAAUAUCCUCCUGCGAACUUUAUUUGAUAUUCUAGUUGUCCCUUGUUUGUUUCAUGUUAACAGCAGUAAUUCAGGGGUAUGGCAUAACUCCUCUUUCAAUCAGUUUUACACCAUUCAGGGUUUGAAUUCCCUUGAUAGAACAAUAUAUUGUGGAGCUAGAGCUACUCAUUGCCUGCGAUCUCAUGGAGCAACACCAUAGGCACUGGUGGCAUAUAGCAGAAUAUUUUUUUAAGAACGUCAUUGUUAUGUGUUCUGAGUUAUGGUGGGUUUUGAAUUGAUUGAGACAGUUUCUCCAUAUUAGUUUAUGGGAAACUGUUUGUUUCACGUUGUGGGUGGGCUUCUGUGAGGGGAUAUGACAACAUUCUACCGGCUCAUGCAGAUGCGUUUUCUUUCUCGAUGUGGCUUCACUCUUGUGGAGCAAUUAGUUGAAGAAAUGUUGGGAAAAAAAAAAAGGAAUUGGAAAGUAAUCUGCUGAUUGGCCAUAAGAGGGACCUAGUUUUUGGCAAGUAACCUGGUUUAUCAUUUUUUUAUCUUUGUAGAUAAGUUUUUUUUUUUUUUUUUAAAU